CUAAAUAUUUUAAUAUCAAAAAUAUUAGUUUUUUGUCAAAACUAAAUUAAAAAUAUUUUAGGUAAAAACCCACUAAAUUUUUUAAAUAUAAUAUUACUAAAAAAAAAUCAUCUAAAAAAAUGGCCAAAAAGGCAACAGCUCCCAAAUUACAAGAAGAUAUACAAACCGAUGAGGAACUAAAUGCAUUUUUAGGUAGACCGGGAUUAAGUGUUUUAGAUAUCUAUUCUGAGUGGUGUGGUCCCUGUUUGGGUAUGGUGGGAAGUUUAAGAAAGCUUAAAUUAGAUCUAGGGGGAGAUAAUUUAAGUUAUGCCAUAUGUAAAGCUGAUACCAUAGAGGUGUUCAAAAGAUUCCGACGUAAAAGUGAACCCACCUGGUUGUUUGUGACGAACCACAAAGCUGUAAAUAUCAUGUUUGGUAGCGAUGUACCCAAACUAUUUUCUCUAAUCUAUUCUGAACUUCGUUUAGUUUCUUUAAAAACCCGAAAUUUUUAUGAAUUAACGAAUGUCAAGCCUAUCGAGUUACAACGUCUUAAAAUCAAAGAAGAAGCCAUAAAUAAGGCCUUAGCUUUGGAAUUUGAGAAAAAAGAAACCAAACGUUUGAAUUAUCUCUACGGGGUCACUAAUACCAUAAUGGAAAAUUUAAUCGAUAUGGGUGUUACCAUCUUUGGGCCCCAAGUGAAUCGUGAUUUAUUAAAAAUCAUCUUGCAAAGAGGCGAACAAUUGAAAAUACAAUGCAAAGAACGCAAAACGGUUGUUCUAUCCAAAGAACACUUCCAAACUAUACACUUUGAUUGUCCCAAUCCCAUAAGAGAUGAAGUUUUGGAACAAUUAGAGGGUAAAGAAUUGUUUAUUUGCUAUUGGAAGGUAAUGGGAGAUGGUGAAGAUGUCGCCAAAAUCUUAAAACAAUUUGCGGAAGAUUUACAAAUGUCUCACACUGAGCCAAUGUCUGAUGAAACGGAAGAGUCGGUACUAAUGCCAGCUAUAUUGCAACCAUUGGAGAUUAAAAUUGAAGAAGAAAUUGAAGAUUCUCAAAUUUCCUUAGCUCAAUCCCUAGACAAACUUCUUACACCCCCAAGAUCUUUAAAAUCCCAGGAUGUGGUAACAUCUUGGAAAGAUUAUGAAGAAGACAGCAGCGAAGAGGAAGUUUAUUAUCCUGCAUUAGAUUUUGAUUUUCUUACAGACUUUAAAGGCCUCGACGAACAGCUAUCAGAUAAAGUUGAUUUGUUCCCUGCGGUAGUGAAAAAGAAAACCAGGACCAGAAAAAUUAGCAUAUCACCCAUUUGGACACCAAAUAAUCAACGCACCCAUGCCGCUUUAAUAUACAUGUAUUUCCGUAAUCAAACGGUAACCUUCUUACCGCCUGAUCCAAAACCGGAACCACCUUAUGUUAUAAUGGCUUUUGAUGUCUAUAAGAAGAGAGAUUUGAUUCUACAUGCCGAACGUUAUAGGAAUGAGGUGCCUAUGUAUGGUUUCUUUACCAGUGAUGAUGCAGAUGAGGCUAAAUUUAUAACCAAUUCUUUGGAGAAGUAUAAAGUGCAGACAACCAAUGACAAGAUCGUCUUAAAAGUUAAAAAGGCCACAUCUCACACCAUGCUGCAAUUGGUUACUUAUGGACCCAGCUACGUUAGUCCUAAUCUCGUGGUAGCACAAGAUGAAGUCUUAAAAUUCUUUCCCUCCACCUAUAAAACUGCCGAACAAGAGUUAGAAGAAGAACGUGCUAAUUGCCAAAGGAUACGGAUGAAAAACAAGCAAAGAGACUGAAAAAACAAAAAUCACCGAAAACUAAGAGACAAUGGAAAUGCAAAGAAAUUCUGAUAAACUUUCAGAAACUCGAGACCCUAGACCAGUUGAGAGAGCUUUAAGCUUGAAUACUUCAGAAGUACCUAAUGGACCAAUCGUACUUGAAGAAAGUCCUGCUGUGGCUGCUUAAACUUUUGAUACUGUUUUACUAAAUUUAAAAUUAAGGCUUAUACGAAUUAACUGUUCGUUUGUGAACUAUUUAGAUUAUCUUAAUAGUUCACAAAGUUAAUUAGUAAAGACUUAAGUUUAUAAUUUAAUGGAAUAUACAUAA